AUGGCCUCUGUAUUGCCGCGUGCAGUCGUCUGUGGUCCACAGACAAUUCUUCCAUCUCAACGAAAUAUUGAGCAUAUUCGGGAUCAUGUUUCAAAUGAUCAUGAUCUUGAGGAUUUGCGUCAGGCAGUGUUGGAUCUGCCCAUCUUGCUAUCACAACUGAAAGUCAAUGAUCCUCGCUUACAAUGUAUUUCACCUUCACCAUUAGAGAACUUGAAAAGUUCGGUGCUUGAUCAUGGUUGCACCCUUGAAGUUCCUGAGGCGCUCCCAAAUAUCCUGCUUGCACCCUUGACAAUCUUGAUUCACAUCGUCCAAUACAUUGACUUCCUGGAUCAACUGCCAUCUGACGACGCGCACGCUCGUGUUCGAGAUGCAGCUCGCCAUGGCGGCUUUCAGGGCCUAUUCGAAGUCGACGAAUGCGCCGUAACGAUUACAGCCUUAGACGCCGACAUUCCUGCUUUACGCAGCGAUUUCCUUGGAAAAUCAAUUCAAUUCACCAGAGUUCAAGUGAAUGGUUGCUAUCACGCCGAGGAAAACAAAACAAUACUCCAAAGGAUACUUCAAUUUUGCGAAUCUCAGCCAUUGUUGCAGUAUCGUCAUGCCGAAAACCUCUCCGUUCCUUGGCGAAACAAUACAACAGGGAAGGUUGAGAAAGACACGAGUCGGCUACAUGAAGUCUGUCUCAAGUCAAUAUUGACAGACCCGGCAAAAUGGUAUCUCACCAUGUCUAUGACUGUAGAUUCACUUCUAUCUACCAGCCUCUAUGACAGCUCCAUUCUUCUGGAACUUGGGCUUUCCGGUUGUGUGCCGCCAUCUCUAGCUGUUUCGACAAAUCUGACCACUGUCCGUGCUAAUUCUCCGUCAAAAACCCAGAAAAAGGGAGAAUCACAUGAGUACGACUAUCCUGACCAUUGUAUUGCCAUUGUUGGAGCUGCAUGCAAAUAUUCUGGGGCCGAAUCGUUAGGCGAACUUUGGAAGCUCGUUUCUACGGCACAGUCAAUGAACGGGAAAGUUCCACACCAAAGAUAUGAUCCAGCGCACUUCCGCCAAGGCUCACAAUUAAAUGACUUGAAUGGGAACUUUGUUUCUGGUGUCGAUCAGUUUGAUUAUUCGUUGUUUGGGAUAUCCCCGCGCGAAGCUACGUACAUGGAUCCCCAACAACGGAUUGCGCUGCAGGUGGCUUAUCAGGCAGUUGAGUCAUCAGGAUACUUUGGGAGCGGCGCACAGAAUACCGACUUUGGUUGCUAUCUUGGAGUCGGUGGCUCUGAUUAUGAGCAUAAUGUCAACGCUCACAUGCCAACUGCGUUUUCGUUCAUCGGCACUUCCCGAGCAUUCAUCAGCGGGCGAAUCAGUCAUUUCUUCAAGUGGACCGGACCAUCAAUUACAGUCGAUACAGCAUGCUCUUCUUCCGCGGUCGCCAUCCAUCAAGCUUGUCGAGACAUCGUGUUGGGUGAUUGCUCUAUGGCUCUGGCAGGAGGGAUCAGUAUCAUGUCCAGCCCGGCUACACACCAAAAUCUUGCAGCAGCCAAUUUUCUCAACUCCACUGGCACACCCUGUCGAUCUUUUGACUCAUCCGGAAAUGGGUACUCCCGUGGAGAGGGAUGUGGAUUAGUUGUGUUAAAAAAACUCUCUGCGGCCGUCGAUGACGGCGAUCACAUUCUUGGGGUUAUUGCAGCCACAGCUACAAAUCAGUCGAAUGGCAGUAACUCUAUCACUGUUCCAGCCUCCAAUUCUCAGGUCAGCCUGUAUCGACGAGCUCUUAGUCGUGCAGGCAUGGCUCCUAAUGACAUUUCAUAUAUUGAGGCUCAUGGAACCGGAACGCCGCGAGGAGAUCCGAUCGAGUGGCGCAGUAUCAACGAGGUAUUUGGCAAGGAUCGAAAAGGAAAGGCUCAUAUUGGAUCCAUCAAAGGGAAUCUUGGUCAUACAGAAGCGGCGUCGGGGGUUGCGGGUGUUUUGAAACUGUUGACAAUGAUAAGACACGAACAGUUGCCUCCGCAAGCAAACUUCAAGAGCUUGAACGCUAAAAUCCCGCAAGAACAGCAGACACAUCUCGCUGUUCCCACGAGUAUAAAAAACUGGGAUGUUAAGUUCCGCGCAGGCUGUGUCAACAACUAUGGCGCGGCCGGAAACAAUACAGUCUUCAUCAUCUGCCAAGCGCCGUCCACAAAAACCAACGAAACGCGAGCGCGAACCGCGAAGACCAAGCAAGCGCUCACUCGCUAUCCCAUUCUAGUUACUGGACACUCCACUGCAAGCCUUCAAAGAAACUGCGCCGCUAUUGUGAAGUUCAUUGAGAAGGGCCGUCCUGGCCUAGCCGAUGUUGCUUUCAAUAUUACCCGAAGGCAGAAUCGCAGCCUGCGCCAUCAAAUAGCAUUCGAUGCGUCAUCUCUAGCAAACCUGCAACAGCGCUUGAAUGAUUUCAGCCCUCUUGAUUCGAUAUCCUUGGUCUCUGGAGGGGAGGCGAAACCAGUCGUUCUUGUGUUUGGUGGUCAGACAGGAGUGAAGGUUCAUCUGAAUAAGGCAGUGUACGACUCAUUUGGACUGGUACGGAAACACUUGGACCAAUGUGACUCGAUCCUCCAGGACAUGGGUUUACCGAGCCUUUUCCCUGGCAUCUUCAGUCAAAUUCCUGUUUCUGACCUCGUGUCAUUACAUUGCGCAUUCUUUGCGGUGCAAUACGCAUGUGCGGCAGCUUGGAUCGAUUCAGGCUUAUCAGUCGCGCGAGUGAUCGGUCAUAGCUUCGGACAAUUAACAGCAAUGUGUGUCUGUGGUGUAAUCACGUUGCCCGAUGCAUUGAAGUUGGUGGCUGGCCGAGCGAAGUUAAUCCAAUCCGAAUGGGGCAGUGAGAAAGGCGCCAUGCUUUCUAUUAAGGCCGACAGGGCCACUACGCUUGCCUUGACUCAAUCGGGUGCCAACAAUAACGUUGAAGUCGCCUGUUUCAAUGGGCCAACCAGUCAUGUCUUGGUUGGUAGUGAUACAGCUAUUGAAGGGUUGGCAAGUCAACUGUCGGGCCUGAAGAUGCGAAAGCUGAACACCAGUCACGGGUUCCACUCGAAGUACAUAGAUUUCUUCUUGGAUCAGUACCUUGAACUCACUAAGAGUAUAUCUUACUUGGCCCCGAUAAUCCCGAUUGAGACUUGCUCAGAAUCGAGCAGCUGGGAGACCUUCACUCCAGAGUUGGUAGCCGAGCAUUCGCGGAAGCCAGUGUAUUUCGUCGACGGUGUCCUUCGCAUCAGAGAGCGACUGGGAUCUUGCAUUUGGCUCGAAGCAGGUUCCGGAUCUGGGGGUGUGAAUUUAGCAAGAGAUGCACUUGGUGUCGGUGAUUCUGACUCUUUCUAUGGAUUGCAACUUGGAUCGGCAGACCCUACACAAUCAAUUGCGGAGACAACCGUGCGGCUCUGGAAGGAGCGAGUCUCGUUCCAAUUUUGGGGGUAUCAUCCAGUGGAAAGCUACCUUUUCAGUCCCUUGGACUUGCCUGGUUAUCAAUUUAACGAGUCUUCUCACUGGCUUCCUCGUGCCGAACCUGUGCACGUCGAGCGCAUACCCGAUCAGAAACCAUCUCUAAUUUCGCUGGCCACCCUCUCUAGCCCCGAGCGCCAUAUCUCCAGAUUUAACAUCGAUCAACUCAACCCUGGAAUCUCACAGAUUUUACAAGGCCGUGAGGUCUUGAACAGAUCCUUAUGGCCACUUUCCUUAUAUAUUGAAUUGGCCUGCCAGGCUGCUGCCAUUUUGACUCCGGGCUUGCCAUUGUCAUUCCAAACAGUGCGCAUUGAGAACCUUGACAUAUAUGCUCCGCUUGGGUCAAAUCUCGUUUCCAACCUAGGACUGCAAUUGAAACAGCUGGAAGGGUGGACCUGGGAAUGGUCGUUGGAAGGCCAGUCAGGUACACAAACUUCACCUCAUGCCAGUGGAAAAAUCAUUCUCGAAGAUCAACGGCAAUCUAGUCCUGCGAUGCACAAAGUCUUACCAGGAACGAUUGAUUACGAACACUGUCAUGGUCUUCUGAAUGAUGCUAUAGUUUUCUCCGCAAAUGGCAGCAUUGCGUACAAGUUGCUGGAGAAAGUUGCAAAGUACGAUUCGGCCCACCAAGGCAUUGAGUCAAUCAAAAUGAGUCAACGUGAAGCUACCGCGCAGAUAAGCAUGCCACAUGCAUCUCGAGACUGGCUGAAACAGCAAAGCAUCAAUCCGAUCUUGUUAGAUCAGGUCACGCUUCUUGCCGAGAUUCAUGCCCUCGCAAUGCUCGAAUGCAAAUCAUCCGAAAUUUUCACUUGCUCUGGUGUACGAGAAGUUAUUGUUCACAGUGGCGCUCCAUCAUCUCCAAACCCGUCUUGGACAGUCUAUACGCGACAGUCAUCAGGAGAAGGCCGUUCAAUUUAUUACGACACAUACGCCUUUGACCCCGCAUCUAAUUCGCUCGUCUUCUCGGUUCUGGGUGCGAACUUUGUGAAAGUUGCCUCUCAUGUUCUCCAGCGAGCUAUUGAGCGAUCAAAUGUCGCCGAAAAAAGUUUUGAGCCAGUUCCCUCAGUCCAACCACCUACGACAGCGCCUGCUCUUGAGUCAAAGCCCAUUACAGCUCGAGAAGUGAAAGAUUGCCCUCCAGCAGACGUUUGGUCUACGACUGCCCAGCUUGUGCAUGAAUUGACAGGAUUUCCACUGGAGGAAAUCACAGCCGCUACGAUAUUGACAGACAUUGGCAUGGACUCUUUAGCGGCAACAGACCUUGAGCACAAGAUCAAAGAGGCAUUUGGCGUCGACAUCACUCUCCAAGUCUCGGAUGAUGGUGGUAAUUUUGGCUCUCUUGUUGACCUGGUUCAACAACGGGGGAUCUCUAGAGAAGUAAGCAACACAGACAGCUCUGAAUACUCCAGCCCAUUUACCUCAACUGCAUGCUCUUCUCCUGCUCCUUCAGACGUUGAAAGCAUCAGCAUAUCAAAUGAUACCAUGGUCAAGUUGUCUGGCAUUGUUGCACAAUAUCUGGCAAGUGCCGACACAGUGCAUCCUGAUACUCAGCUUCACAGUCUUGGUCUUGACUCUUUAGUUGCUUUGGAGCUAGAGUCUGAGCUUUUACAGACAUUUGGUCUACAAGUGAGCUUAAUGCAAACGUACCAGACAGUGACCAUCAAUGACCUCCACGAUCGCCUUGUGCAAUCUGGUUUGGCAUCGUCCGCCAAACUAGCAACUGGGUUGAACAUAUCUUCGCGACCACAAGGCGCCGAUGAGGUUAUCCAUUUCGUGGAUCAAGCAACUGAGCGCUUUGCAAAUGCGCGAGAAAAUAUUGGACUAUAUGCUCAGGAGGCAGAUUUCGCGGGCUUCUUUCAGCGUGUCUCCUCUCGUCAGAUGUCACUUGUGUUGGCCUACGUGACCGAGGCUUUCGCUGCUUUGGGAUGCGAUCUCCGGAGCAUUCCACCACAAGCACCGGUUCCUGAAGUCACUCACAUUGCCAAACAUCGAAAUGCUGUGGCAUACUACUACAGUCUACUUCAGAAGGAGGGACUGAUUGUUUACUCCGGGAGCGGAUAUAUCCGAACUUCCCAGCCUCUGGAACUGAUGGACGCAUUGUCAUUGCAUCAAGACAUUGUUGAAAGAUUCCCUCGACAUCGCUCGGAGCAUAUGCUGUUGCAUCGUACGGGCGCGCAGCUUGCCGACUGCCUCUCUGGCAAGGCUGAUGCUCUCCGUCUGCUUUUUAGCGAUAAAACAACAGGCGAUCUCCUACAAGAUGUUUAUACGAACGCCCCAAUGUUCAAGAUGGGCACUCUCAUGCUCGGUAAUUUCCUCCCUCAAGCCCUUGCAUCUUCCUCUGCGACCGCCGCAGAGCCCUUCCGCAUCUUGGAACUCGGUGCUGGUACCGGUGGCACCACCAGAUUCAUCCUGGAUCAGCUUGUAAGUCAGGGUAUCCCGGUCCAGUAUAAUUUCACCGAUAUCUCGGCCGCGCUGGUCUCGCGCGCCCGUAAGACAUUCAGUGCCUACGAUUGCGUGGAGUACUCCACAAUGAAUGUCGAGCAGAUUCCUGACGAGGCAGUUGGAAGCUACGACGUUAUUCUUUCGUCUAAUUGCAUCCAUGCGACAAAGGACCUGCGCCAUUCAUGCCGAGCACUUUAUGAUCUCCUACGUCCCAAGGGAAUGCUUUGUCUACUUGAGCUCACCCGAAAUGUCCCUUGGCUGGACCUCACUUUCGCGCUUUUGGAUGGAUGGUGGCGCUUUGAUGAUGGCCGGGAGCAUGUGCUUGCUAGUGAGCAGCUCUGGGAGCAGCUGCUUACUGAGGCUGGUUUCACGCAUGUGGAUUGGUCGAACAACAAGACACUUGAGUCGGACGUCUUUAGAUUGAUUAUGGCAUUGAAGCAAUAG